AACAAACCACCGCCCCGUGACUUUUCACAAUAUUCAUCGGCAACGAAAACACAUGCAAACAUCGCCCAUCUCUAGUCCUCUCUUUUUGAUGUCUUGUGCAUUCGACAUCGUUUAGUUUUGCUGUAAAAAUAGCACAGACAAACGGCCGCGUAGUAAGUCAACGAACAUGUCGCGUUUCUUUGCCAACGGGUCCGACUCGGAGUCCGAGUCCAGCGAGGAGGAGAUCCAAGCGACCAACUUCAACAAAGCCAGCGCCUUCCAAUUCAGCGACGAUGAGGAGGAGGUCAAGCGCGUGGUGCGAUCCACCAAGGAGAAGCGGUACGAGAACCUCACCAGCAUCAUUAAGACCAUCCGCAACCAUAAGAAGAUCAAGGAUAUCCCCAAUACGCUGACCAGCUUUGAGGAUCUAACGCGAGCCUACCAGAAGGCGUUGCCCGUCAUCUCGAAGGAGGAGAACGGCAUCACGCCGCGCUUCUACAUCCGCUGCCUCGCCGAGCUGGAGGACUUCAUCAACGAGGUGUGGGAGGAUCGGGAGGGCAGAAAGAACCUGUCCAAGAACAACUCCAAGUCGCUGGGAACGCUGCGCCAGAAGGUGCGCAAGUACAUCAAGGACUUCGAGGACGAUUUGUCGCGAUUCCGCGAGGCGCCCGACCAGGAGAGCGAGGCCGAGGACGAGGUGGUGGCCCUGGACAGCGAUGGCGGUGAUGCAGGAGAUGACAGCGAUGUUGGCGUCAAGCGGGAGCCCACAGAAGCUGUUCCCAAGACGGCGAAAUUGGUGCCUGCCAAGGCUGCGCCCGCCGACGACGAUGAUUCCGACGACUCCAUCGACUGGGACUCGGAUUCCGAGUCUGAGACCGAGUCCUCCGACGACGAGAACCAGUACCAGAACAUGCGCGAGCGUUUCCUGAAGCGUACCACCGAAAAGGAGGACAAGGAUGACGACAAGCGCAAGGACAAGCGCAAGGAGCAGAAGGUCAAGAUCCGCAAGCGUGCCGAGGAAGAUGAGGAUGGCGAGUGGGAGACCGUUGUCAAGGGUCAUGUGGUGGAGAAGCCCAAGAUGUUCGAAAAGGAUGCCGAGAUCGAUGUGCCCCUUGUGCUGGCCAAGCUCUUGGAGAUCAUGUCGGCCCGCGGCAAGAAGCGCACCGACCGUCGUUUGCAGAUCGAUCUUCUGUUCGAGCUGAGGGAUAUUUCCGAUCAGCACAAUCUGGGCACAGCGGUCUCCGUGAAGAUCCACUUCAACAUUAUCUCAGCCAUCUACGACUACAACCAGAAGAUCUCCGAGCCCAUGAAGCUGGAGCACUGGGCCCUGCUGUUGGAGGUGAUGCAGAGCAUGCUGAAGCUGCUGCUGGCUAAUCCCGACAUCAUCAUGAGCGAGUCUGUGGCCGAAGAGCAUGAGGAGUACACGGCUGCUCCGUUCUACGUGCGAGGAUGCCCACUGGCCGCCGUGGAGCGUCUGGACGAUGAGUUCGUCAAGCUGCUGAAGGAGUGCGAUCCCCACUCAAACGACUACGUGUCCCGGCUGAAGGACGAGGUGAAUGUGGUGAAGACCAUCGAACUGGUGCUGCAGUAUUUCGAGCGCUCCGGCACCAACAACGAACGCUGCCGCAUCUAUCUGCGCAAGAUCGAGCAUCUGUACUACAAGUUCGACCCAGAGGUGCUGAAGAAGAAGCGCGGCGAGCUGCCAGCCACGACCACCACCUCCGUGGACGUUAUGGACAAACUGUGCAAGUUCAUCUACGCCAAGGACGACACGGAUCGUAUUAGGACGCGAGCCAUCCUGGCGCACAUCUACCACCACGCCAUGCACGACAACUGGUUCCAGGCCCGCGAUCUGGUGCUAAUGUCCCACCUGCAGGACAACAUCGAUGCCGCCGAUCCCGCCACCCGCAUCUUGUACAACCGCAUGAUGGCCAAUCUGGGUCUGUGCGCCUUCCGCCAGGAGAACGUGAAGGAUGCGCACCACUGCCUAGUCGACCUGAUGGUCACCGGCAAGCCCAAGGAGCUGCUCGCCCAGGGACUGCUGCCCCAGCGCCAGCACGAGCGGUCUGCCGAGCAGGAGAAGAUCGAGAAGCAGCGCCAGAUGCCAUUCCACAUGCACAUCAACCUGGAGUUGCUCGAGUGCGUCUACCUGGUGUCCGCCAUGCUGCUGGAGAUUCCCUACAUUGCUGCCCACGAGUUUGAUGCCCGUCGCCGCAUGAUCAGCAAGACGUUCUACCAGCAGCUCCGCUCCUCGGAGCGCCAAUCCCUGGUUGGUCCGCCCGAGUCGAUGCGUGAGCACGUCGUGGCCGCCGCCAAGGCGAUGCGCUGCGGCAACUGGCAGGCGUGCGCCAACUUCAUCGUCAACAAGAAGAUGAACACGAAGGUGUGGGAUCUGUUCUACGAGUCGGACCGCGUGCGCGAAAUGCUGACCAAGUUCAUCAAGGAAGAGUCGCUGCGCACCUACCUGUUCACCUACUCGAACGUCUACACCUCGAUCAGCAUUCCCUCGCUGGCGCAGAUGUACGAGCUGCCCGUGCCGAAGGUGCACUCGAUCAUCAGCAAGAUGAUCAUCAACGAGGAGCUGAUGGCCAGCCUGGACGAUCCUUCGGAGACCGUGGUCAUGCACCGCUCGGAGCCAUCGCGCCUGCAGGCCCUGGCCAUGCAGUUCGUGGACAAGGUCACCAACCUGGUGGACGUCAACGAGAAGGUGUUCGACAUGAAGCAGGGCAACUUCUUCCAGCGCGGCAACAUGGGCAACCGCGGCGACCGUGGCUACAACCGCAACCAGAACAACCAGGGCGGCAACUGGGGCGGCCAGCGGCGGGAUAAUCGCAACAACCGCAACCGUAACCAGCGUGGACACCACAAGAACCAGCAAGAUAGGCAGCAGCAGCAUCAGCAACAAGUCCAGACCAUCGACGAGGAGUAGACGCAUCCACAUCCUCAGCCCAAUUCUCUCCAGCGAGCGUUAGCUUAAACACCAUAAACAGAACAAAUUUGUAGCGCACUUCGACUAUUAAAAAUGGAAUGGCCAUGGACCACUCGUUGGGUUAAGUGCAGUCAGGCCUCCGAUUCGGUUUACGACUGGAUCGGAGGUCUGGUUCCAUCAUCCGUUGACAUUGCAUGUUGUUGUAGCCAAGUACCAGAUGAAUUUGUUUUAGCGCUCCAUACGUUAAAUGAUAAUAUGAUAACAACAUUUUGUAUGAUCCCAAAACUCAAAAAACCUUAAAAAGAAGAGAAAGAAA